CUUCAGUACACCGCCGCGUCCGUUGCCACGGCAGCUUCCGCGUCCUCCCCGUCCUUCCUGCUCGCCAUGUCUCCUCGAAAUGAUCCGGACAGUCGAUCCAUUGACGUCAACGCCGAUCUCGACAUGAUAAUGCAGAAGAACGUGCGCAAGCUGCGAAUGAAGCAAGUCGCCAAGAAGAAGCAUCAUGUGCACUCGACCGCGCCGUUGCAACCUUUGGGGAACUUGCCAACGCUAUCCCCUACCAAAGACAAACGCCACCAAAAGCUUCAUCACACGUUCACGAAGAAGCAGCUUUUCGAUGAAAAGGACAAUGACGUAGGAACGCACACGAAUCAUCAUCACGAAAGUGCGACGCCUGUCGAAGAAAAGCGCCGUAGCAUUACAAUCUUUGACUGCGCCAAGAUUGUCAACAACAAAGGACGCGUCAUGACCCAUGAAGAGUUCGAAUUGGUCACAUCGGCGUCACCCAGUAGCAUCAGUAGCAGUGCCGGAACAGUCUGUUCAUCUGCAAGUCCGUCCCCAAGUUCAUUGGGGAAGAAGACGUCCUCCAAGUUAUCCAAGAAAGCAAUCAAACAACCUAAGACGACGACGUCUGAGAUGCUCCGUCAGAUGGCGUGGGAACAAAUGGUGCUUGAAAUCAUGUGCACGUUGCUGCCCGAGAUCGACGUGCUCUCCGAACUCAACCGAACAUUGGUACAAGGCGGCCGGGCUGCGGCUGCUGCUUCCAUGGAUUUGAUGGCCUAUCAGCAACAGCUCCAUUACCAUCUAAACGCACUGCACGUUGAAGAUGCCGAAUUGCCGCCGCCGUUCACAUCAGGUGCCAAGUUGGUCGAGUUGUAUGUGACGAAGUCUCUGGUGCAAUCCAUCGUGUUCGGCCUCAUGACGGUGGCCGACAAGCGUGCUCAGGGCGCGCUGUCUGCGAUCGCCAGAUCCAUCUUUGAGCAAGUACCGUCGCUUCGCCACGACAUGCUCCUUGCUAUCGAGUGCACCGCCGUCGAAUUCUACAACCUCCCUAACACUGUCAACUCCAAGACGUUCAACGUUGAAAGUAUGGUGACCCUCACUGGCUCCAUCAUUCGUCUUCAGCACGAACGGUCCAUGCAAACCCAACAAAGCAUGUUUGACGACAUGGAUGAUGAAGACGACGUCGAAAUUUCGGUCAUGUACCUUGCCCCGACCGAGGACGACCAGGCCAUCUACGAACAAGCCAAGCGCAUUUUGGCUCUGUUUUGCCGUUCGUGGAGCUGCUCCGGGGCUGUCAAUUCCACUACAGUCGCGGACGCUGUGUUCUCAGCCAGUGCCAACUUGGCGUCGAACCCGACUGUGAAAGCGCUGAUUGCCAGUGUGCAGCUUCUUGCACACGUAUCGCCUCUGCAGGGACUAUCGUUUCUGUCAGAGUCUUUGCUGCGCCGUUGGCCAAUCCGCAAUACGUCGCGACAACUGCUCUUCCUCCAACUCAUCCCCAUGCUCCUGGUGCAACUUGCCACGGCCCAAGUGUACAUGGAAUCCUUCACAAAGGUCGUUUACGACUCGUUUGAACGAAUCCAGCAAUGCAUUGUGGCCCCUCAUAUUCUUGUCGCCCGCGAAGCAUGUGCACUGUGCGACGACUUGCACCUCAUUCGACUCUUCCUCCUUCGAGACAAGGCCCUCUUGGACAAAAUGACGACUGCUCUCCACGUGAAUGCCCACCACCACUGGAACAAGCAAAUUCAAGCCCUGUCGGAUGAUCACUUCGACUCGAUGCUGGACUUGGCCUAGACGAUAUCUGCGCACUCCCUAUUUAACACAUCAAGUUUUCACUGUGAUGUCAACCAGCGUCCUCCCCGUAAUAAUUCAACCCUAUUUAACAACGACAGUACCUGGGCU